GAUAGACGGAACUGAAAAGGGAUAAAGGUAUUGGUCUCUUCCAUGGCGGAUACAGCAAAGUACACUCCCAUCAAUGGAGGAACAACAACAACGACAGUCCCUUCUGAGUUUAAGAAUCUCUCUUCAUUCAUCAAAACUAGAAGAAUACUUGCUUUCUUCAUGUUUGCCUUUGUCGGUUUCACUGUUUUCUUAGCUUUCACCCCUUCUUCUUCUCCUUGGGUCACCAACAUCUUCUCUUCAAGCUCCUCAUCUACUUCAUCACCUGCUUCUUAUAGAUCUCAAUCAUCCUCUCUCUUCAAUUAUUUCUUUCGCAACUCUUCUUCAUCUCAUGCUCUUAACUCCACCGAUUCUGAUAGCAAUACCAGAUCUAAUUCAGCUCAGUUAGCCAAGCCACUUUCUGGCAAAAACACCAACAAAACUCAAUCUUUCGACACAAAUAAGCCACUCCCCAGCUCCAAAAACACAACUUUUGGGCCUCCCAACAGUCGUUUAAACAACACCCAGAGUUCAGUUUUGCAUACAAAUCAAGCCACCAUUUCUCCUUCCCCCAAUGUGAAUAAAAAUUCUGAUAAAGCUCAUGUUUUGAAGUCUAAUCAGAAUGCAACUCUCACUGGAAAAUCCCUGGUGGCAGCUAAUCAGAGCACAAAUUCUUCAACCAAGUCUGAAUCUUCCUUCAAGCCAAGUUCUGGGGGUGUGGGGUCGAACAACUCAGCUUCCUUAACGCAGAAACAGAGCAAUGGGAGUGAUUCAGGGCUGUCAGCUAAACAAGGGAUUGGAAAUUUAAUCGAUUCUUUGAUGAAUUGCGAUUUGUUUGAUGGGAAAUGGGUGAAGGAUGAUUCGUAUCCACUUUAUAAACCUGGUUCUUGUUCGUUCAUCGAUGAACAAUUUAGCUGUAUCGCCAAUGGAAGGCCUGAUAAAGAUUAUCAGAAACUGAAAUGGAAGCCUAAAGGCUGCACUUUACCAAGAUUGAAUGGUGGUCAUAUGUUGGAGAUAUUGAGAGGGAAGAGGGUUGUUUUUGUUGGGGACUCUUUAAAUAGGAAUAUGUGGGAAUCUCUAGUUUGCAUCCUUAAAAAUGCUGCAAAAACACCAGAAAAUGUUUAUGAAGCCCAUGGAAGACAUUAUUUUCGAGGCGAAGCAUCGUAUUCUUUCAUAUUCAACGAUCAUAACUUCACUAUAGAGUUCUACGUAUCUCCCUUCUUGGUCCGGGAAUGGGAAAUACCAGAUAAAAUCGGAGCAAAAAAGGAGACGUUGCGGCUUGAUCUUGUUGGAAAAUCGUCUGAUCAAUACAAAUCGGCAGAUAUCCUCAUUUUCAAUACGGGUCAUUGGUGGACUCAUGAGAAAACUUCCAAAGGGAAAGAUUAUUACCAAGAAGGUAGUCAUGUUUACAAUGAACUGAAUGUUCUCGAGGCCUUUCGGAAAGCUUUGACAACAUGGGCUAGAUGGGUUGAUGCAAGUGUAAAUCCUAUGAAGACUAUGGUGUUCUUCAGGGGUUAUUCCGCGUCGCAUUUCAGGGGCGGACAGUGGAAUUCCGGAGGGGCAUGCGAUAGUGAAACUGAGCCGAUCAAGAAUGGGACAUAUCUAAUACCAUAUCCACCAAAGAUGGUGGUGUUAGAAAGGGUGCUGAAGGGGAUGAAAACUCAUGUCACCUUCCUAAACAUCACCCGGCUGACAGAUAUCCGUAAGGAUGGCCACCCGUCAAUCUACCGGAAACACCCGAAGCAAAAGGUGUCGGAGGAUGAACGAGUAGCACCCCUAAAAUACCAGGACUGCAGCCAUUGGUGCCUUCCCGGUGUGCCGGAUUCAUGGAAUGAGCUUCUAUACGCAGAGAUUCUUGUAAAAGAAAACAAGAUGAGACAACAUCAAAGAAGAGCUAGGUAAUCAUACAAAGCUUAAAUUCUUUCAUUUUGGAAUUGUGGACAAAGAAAAGAAAAUAGUUUUUAUUUUAUUUCAAUACGAAAUUGUGGAAGUGAGAUAAUAGAAUCAAGGGAGAGGUGAAUCUUGUGCUGAAUUGGAAUAGUUACUAUGUAUGUAUUGUCAAUAAUUAAGAAAAA